GGAAUCAUUGAAAACCCCUGUUAAAUACAAAAAACAAGAGGCGAUGGGCAGGAGUAGAAGAGCAUGAAGAAGCAUACACAUCAUAAGGCUUAUGGAGAUUCAACGGGAAAAGAACCUUUAAUCGAUUUACAAUCAAUCAAAUUAUGGCUAAACUCAUUUGGAAAUCAAGGACACUCUUCAGAAGCUGUUCUAAAUGUCUUGUUCACAUUAGGAGUAAUUCUAUUUGUGAUCUACCAAGUUGCUUCUCUACUUCAUCGAAUGAACAAACGAGUUGAGAAGCAGUUGGAGAGUAGAACAAAACAACGAAAAGUUGAAGUUGCAGAUAAACAUGUUGGAGAUGAAAUGGUUUUUACAGAUCUUCAUGAAAAUGUCAUCAGAGAGAGAAUGAUUCCAUACCGCAUGCCAGUGAUAAACGAUGACAUCACUCUUCGGAAUUCUCAAAUUUUCUACGAAGAGAUGAAGAUGAGGAGAAGUUGUCGACAGUUCAGCUCAAGGGAUGUACCAUUAAAAGUUAUUCAAAAUUUAUUAAAAACGGCUGGCACAUCUCCGAGUGUUGGAAAUCUUCAACCAUGGACGUUUUGUGUUGUUUCAAGUGAUUCAAUUAAAACAAUGAUCAGGAAAAUCUUAGAAGCGGACGAACGGGAUAACUAUGUCUCUAGAAAAAAAGGAGCUUCUUGGGUAGUUGAUGUAUCACAAUUACAAGACACGUGGCGGAGGCCAUACAUUACAGAUGCUCCAUAUCUAUUAAUUGUUUGUCAUGAGAUAUUUCGUGACGUGCAUAGUAAAACAGAACGGGUAUUCCACUAUAAUCAAAUAAGCACAUCAAUUGCUGUUGGCAUCCUUUUGGCUGCAAUUCAGAAUGUUGGAUUGAGUACUGUAGUGACGUCACCGUUGAAUGCAGGACCCGAUAUUUCAAGAAUAUUGAGGAGGCCUGAGAAUGAAAGUAUACUACUGCUACUUCCUCUUGGUUAUGCGUCAGAAGACGUGCUUGUUCCAGAUCUCAAAAGAAAACCGGUCGAACAUAUCACCAAACUAUAUUGAUUUUGUCAUUCACUUUUCAUCUCCCAUGUUCCUUUCAGAUUUUUUAACAUUUGAAAUUCAUUUUUCUUAAUAAAAUCAGGGUUUAUUUUU